AUGGGACGGUCAACAAAAAGAAAAGACGACAAAGGCGCCGAGAAGAAGAGGAAGAGGAGAAAGAAGGCCAGAACCGACGUUUCGAGCGAUAGCGAUAGCAGCAGUAGCAGUAGCGAGGAUGAGGUGAAGGUCAAGAAGACCGUCGGCGGGGGUGCAGAUGUCAGUAUGGAUGAUGCUGCUGUUGCGCCGUCGGUACCUGCGAUGAUUGAAGACGAAGAAUCCGACCAUGAUGAGGCCGCCGAAUCUACCGUCGCCGGAAAGCCCAGCGAGAAGAGCGGACAAAUCCCACUGCAGCUGCGCGACUUCCGCGAUUCGCAGGCGGACGCAAAGUUCGAGGACUACUACAUGCGCCUCGUCACGGAGGAGUUUGGCGAGGACAUCAACAACUUUCGAAGCGCAAAGGACUUUGGGGACAAGAGCUUGCCGCUGCUUAUCAAGGCGUUGAAGCAGGGCAUCAACAUCUUUUCUGCGGACGAGAAGAUGACGGUUGUCAAGGAGCUGGAUUAG